AUGGCCCUCCACGUACUUGAUAAUUACUACCUCGCCAUCACCCUUCUGAUCACAGUCGGCUAUCAACUCUUCUUCUUUGCCAUAGCCUUCUCCCUCAAGUUCGACAAGCUAACAGAUUUCGCGGGAGGAACCAACUUCGUAAUCCUAGCCAUCAUCACCUUGAUCUUCUCCGGUCACCAUGACACCCUCAACGCUCGCCAAAUCGUAUGCAGCAUCUUCAUCAUGCUCUGGGGCGCCCGCCUCUCUGGCUUCCUCCUCUUCCGCAUCCUCAAGACUGGCAAAGAUGAUCGGUUUGACGAUAAACGAGAUAAAUUCUUUCCCUUUCUCGGAUUCUGGAUCUUCCAGAUGCUGUGGGUCUGGACUGUCUCCCUGCCCGUCACCAUCCUCAACUCCCCCAAUGUGAAGGCAUACGCGCAGCCGAGUUUUGGCACAGGCAGAGAUAUUGCUGGUGUGAUUUUGUUCGGCAUUGGACUGAUCAUGGAGAGCGUUUCUGAUGUGCAAAAAUACUUGUUCAAGGCGAGACAGAGCGACAAGAGUGCUAUUUGCGACAAGGGGUUCUUCAAUUGGACGAGACAUCCGAAUUACUUUGGGGAGAUUAUCAUCCAGUUUGGAAUCUUCAUGAUCGCCGUCUCACCCGCAGCCAACGGCUAUGUUCACGGCGGCGCUUACAAAGCUCUCUACGCCUCCAUCCUCGGGCCUUUCUUCCUCACCAUCCUUCUCAUGUUCGUAUCGGGCCUGACGUUGCAAGAACGUCCCGGCGCCAAGAAACGCUACGAGAAAGACAACCACUGGGACGAGUACUCGCGGUACUUGAACCGCACGAGUAUCCUUAUUCCGUUUCCGCCGAUGCUGUAUGAGAAGCUACCUACGAUCAUCAAGCGAACGGUGCUUUUGGAGUUUCCCAUCUACGUGUUUGAUCCGAAAAAGCAUUCGGAUAUGAGUAAAGGGCAAGCGACAGCGGAAGAGGGAGCGAACAAGAAGAGCACGGAUCAGAGACAGAGUGGCGAUCAACUCGUCGGCGAGAGUUCGCGGAGAGAGUAA